AUGAGGUACCUGGAUGAUUACUUCGCACUUUGGUCACAUGGAAGAGAAAAACUGGAAGAAAUUCUGAAGUUUGUAAACCAGAUUGAAGAAAGAAUUAAAUUCACGAUGGAAGUAGAGGAAGGUGAGCGGUUACCGUUCAUCGAUGUUGAAGUGAUUCGCUCUAAUGGGAAGCUUAGAAAGAAGUCUUAUGCUGGGAUAAUACUCAAUUUCCGGUCCCAUUACAAUUAUAGUCUAAAGAUCGGAAUAAUAAAGAGCAUGAUCAUCCGAAGCCUACGCUUAAUGAAAGUAGAAUUCUGGGACGAUAAGUUGAAAAAAAUUGACGAGGAUAUUGCUCGGCAAUGGCUACCCUAG